AUGAACAGCAACAACCCGGGAAGCAAGCCCGGGUUUAACUUAAGCGACUGGCUACGCCCUACUCGCUCAGCUGACAGUAACGUGGUACCAAACCGCGUGAGACCAGCCACCAGCAGUCAGGCCACGCGGCGCAAGGCCUCACACGAGGACAGCGACGAUGAAGAUGAUUUUCACCCCGCCCUCGACAACACUGCUCUCGACUCAGCCCUGGCAGCGUUGAAAGCCGGCAAUGAAGCAGCAGCAUUGCGUAAAUCGGGAGGGAGGGUUCACACCCCCGCUCCUACGCCAGCACGACGGGACCCCCCUCCACAUCUAGAGACACCGACACCGACACCCCACCCUCGCCCUCCGCUACAGCAAAGCGUACUCCCCUUCUCCCUCUCCACCAGCUCCCUGGCAGGCCUCAAGCGUAAGGACGUCCCCACGGCAGCCUCCCACUCGCCCACGGCUGCUGCCCCAGCAAACACGACAGACUCGCCUCCCCCCGCCACACGCAAAUCCGGCAAACGCUUGCAGAAACGAGCCAAGCCCCCGGUACCCCAAAUAACGGCGGACACUCCCUUCGAUAUAGCUACCCAGCAUCUUCGAAAUUCGGGGAUGUUCCGCCUUAUAGGUAAAAUGGAUCUGCAAUUCGUUACUAACUCUCUCUUCAAGAUAGCGGCUCGCCUACAAGAUACAGGAACAAGCGAGCUCUUGCACGCCCUCGCUACUAUUCAAAACGAGCUCCUCCUUCGUCAAGCCUCGGAACAAGCCACGACUACCCUGCGGGAUGCCGCCAAAGAAAUCUCAGGGAACCUUGCCAAAAAACUAGAUGAUCUCUCCACAAACACCCUGGUCGCAAUCAAACAAGGAGUACUUAAGGCAAGUCGGGAACUGGACAAAAGCACUGACAUCCUCAAGGUAACCGCCGGCAAUUUAAAAGCCACAACGGAGCAUGCCCCCAAGUCUUUCGCCAACGUGGUCGCCGCUAACGCCCCUCUACCCCCGUCCCCACACCAGACACUCCUUCAACCCUCCACCCAAGCCAGGCUGGAGCGAGACCGCAGGCGCAUCUUGGUCGACCCACCCACGAGUAAGACCCCUCUUUACCCCGCUACAGUGGGGGCCAUCAGGAUCGCCAAAGAAGCCACCGAGGCACUUCACCGAAUCGGAGGCAAGCCCGCCUGGGCUUUCGUUGGCUGCACGAAACUUGAAAAAGGUGGGAUACUCUUAGAGGCUAACCUUGCAGCUGCCAAAGAGUGGAUCACCACGGAGGGGCGCCUCGAGGACUUUGUCGCCGCCUUCAGUCCAGGAGCCACUAUCAGGGAAAAGAAAUAUACUGUCAAGGCCCUCUACCUCCCGGUGGAACACAGCAUCGACGACGAGGAAACCUGCCGAAACAUCGAAGAGGAGAAUGACCUCCCGCCGCACUCUAUCAUCCUCAUAAAGUGGAUGAAACCAGCUGAAAGACGAGGGAAAAAUCAGCAAUUCGGACACGCAACCAUCACUUUUAACUCUCCUAGCAGUGCUAACCUCAUCCUUCGACAGGGUCUUCUUUUCAUGGAUACCAACUACCGCUGUCACAAAUGCAAAGUGGAACCGCUCCGGUGUCUCAAAUGCCAAAACUACGGCCACAUCGCCAGUGGUUGUACCGCCACUUCUACUACCUGCGCCACCUGUGCCCAGCAACAUGAUGAAGACGGGGAUUGCCCCCAACUGUUCCGCAAAGAAGCUCACGCCUGCAUCGCGUGUAGGACUGGGGGGCACGCAAGCUGGGAGCGAACCUGUCCAAGCCGCCUCAAGCUACAACGAGCACUUGACGAACGCCUUGAGAGUAACCGCCUCCCUUUCUUCCCCACAGAAGAACCCUGGACUCAGCGAUGCGCCCCACUCUACUCGGGGCGCGUCUCGACCCACACUCUUCUGGACUGCGAUUGGCAGCAGUCGAAGAAGAUCCAGCCUCGCCAGACAUCGAUCGCAGACAGCCUUAAACCACGCCCAGAAGCCGCACUCACUCGCCGGCCUCACACUCGCCACUCCCCCGGCACCGACUGGGCGGACUCCUCCUGGGACCCGCCCAUGGAUCAGGACCCCCCCCCCACAAACAACAGAGAAGUCCCCCACGCCCGUUGA